AUCCUUCAACUUUUAUGGAGUCUUUUUGUCAACACUUGUAAAUUAAAUUCUUUAAAUGUCCUUCAGCUGUUAAUUCCGGCAAUUUGAUUCUUUUUUUCCGUAUAUUUCAAUGCUGCUUUUUUUCUUACCCAAUUUCUACUUCUUGACUCUUUGUUCUCUCACCAUUAAUACUCUAGAAGAUUUAUCUUUUUUCAAGAAAAUUUUAGAUUAGUAGUGAUGAUUACUACUACCAUGAGUUUAAAAUCCAAUUUUUUUGCUACUCCAUGUUGGGGAAGACAUGGGGUUAGCCAUUUUUGGUCUCAGCAGCAAUUGGUAACAAUUCUUGUUUCGAAAAAUCGAAAACUUGGUCGAGUUCACUGUCAGUCUAAGACUGCAGUAGUGGAAAUCAGGAAGUGCUCGCCUUUUCUGGAAAGUGAAUUGUUGUCCGGUAAUGGUGGGUUGACAGAGUGGAGAACCGUUCCCGACAUUUGGCGUACUUCAGCAGAGAAAUUUGGUGAUCGUGUAGCAGUCGUGGACCCAUAUCAUGAUCCUCCUACAACCAUGACUUAUAAACAGCUUGAUCAGGAAAUUGUGGAUUUCUCCGAAGGCUUGAGAGUUAUUGGGCUAAAGCCACAUGAAAAGAUUGCACUCUUUGCUGAUAACUCAUGUCGAUGGCUUGUUGCAGAUCAAGGUAUGAUGGCAAGUGGGGCUAUCAAUGUCGUAAGGGGUUCAAGGUCAUCAGAUCAAGAGCUAUUGCAAUUAUACAGCCACUCUGAAAGUGUCGCUCUUGCUAUUGACAAUCCUGAGAUGUACAACCGGAUUGCAGACACCUUUGACUCCCAUGCAGCUGUACGAUUUGUUAUUUUACUUUGGGGAGAGAAGUCUAGCCUUGUAACAGAAGCCAGGCAGGGAUAUCCUGUAUAUACUUAUAAGGAGACUAUAGAAUUGGGUCACAAGAGUCGUGUGGAUCUACUUGAUUCUGAAGAUGCCAGGAAACAAUAUUCAUAUGAAGCAAUCAACUCUGAUGAUGUGGCAACACUUGUUUAUACUAGUGGAACCACCGGUAAUCCAAAAGGUGUCAUGCUUACACAUAAAAAUUUGCUUCACCAGAUUAUGAAUUUGUGGGAUAUUGUGCCUGCUGUACCUGGGGACGGAUUUUUAAGCAUGCUUCCGCCUUGGCAUGCAUAUGAACGUGCUUGCGAGUAUUUCAUAUUUACAUAUGGAACAGAGCAAGUGUACACAACCGUUAAGAAUUUGAAGGAAGAUUUGCAGCGUUAUCAGCCACAUUACCUGAUAAGUGUUCCUCUAGUGUAUGAGACGUUAUACAGUGGAAUUCUAAAGCAGAUCAAUUCAAACUCUGCUGCUCGUAAACUCAUUGCCCAAUUAUUUUUAAGGAUCAGUAUGGCUUACAUGGAGGCGAAAAGGAUUUACGAGGGGAAAUGUUUAACGAAGGACACGAAGCAACCUUCAUAUAUUGUCUCAUUGCUUGACUGGUUGUGGGCUCGAACUAUUGCUGCUAUACUAUUGCCAUUACAUAUGCUGGCCAAGAAAAUAGUUUACAGUAAAAUACACUCAGGCAUUGGUAUUUCAAAGGCUGGCAUAAGCGGGGGCGGUAGUCUUUCUUCCCAUGUAGACAAAUUCUUUGAGGCAAUUGACAUAAAGAUUCAGAAUGGAUAUGGCUUGACAGAGUCGGCUCCUGUGAUUGCUGCACGGAGUCUUACGUGUAACGUGCUUGGCUCAAUUGGUCGUCCCAUUCGGCAUGUAGAGGUAAAAGUUGUAAAUUCUGAAACAGAUGAGGUCCUUCCUCCUGGCUCAAAAGGCACUGUCAAAGCUAGAGGGCCACUAAUAAUGAAAGGCUACUAUAAGAAUCCAGUGGCAACAAAACAAGCUAUUGAUGAGAACGGAUGGCUGAACACUGGUGAUCUUGGGUGGAUUGUGCCUGAUCACUCUAUAGGGAGAAGUCGUAAUUGUGGGGGUGUAAUAGUUCUUGAAGGCCGUGCAAAAGAUACCAUAGUCCUUUCAACUGGUGAGAAUGUUGAACCAUCAGAAAUUGAAGAAGCUGCUAUGGGAAGUAGUCUGAUCCAGCAGAUUGUUGUCAUUGGCCAGGAUCAACGGCGUCUUGGAGCUAUAAUUGUACCAAACAAGGAAGAGGUUCUGUUAGCAGCUAAAAGAUCAGCUGUUGUGGAUUCUGAAACCACUGAAGUUAGCAAAGAAAAAACUGUUGGCCUAUUACACGAUGAGUUACGAAAAUGGACUUCGGGGUGCUCGUUUCAAGUUGGACCUAUCCUUGUUGUUGAUCAACCUUUCACGAUUGAUAGUGGCUUGCUAACACCAACUAUGAAAAUCAAGAGAGACAGAGUUGCAGCUCUUUACAAAGAGCAAAUUGACAACUUGUUCAUAUGAUUCCUCAUUUUUUAGCUAUAAAAGAUGCAAGAUCUGAAUAGCUACCGGCGAGUUGGUUUUUCAGAUUAUAUUUCCAUCAAGAAACCUGAGAUUGCAAUGAUAAUAUAGUGAUUGAAAUUGAUUAGAUCUGAUAGAACUUGACAUAUAUUUAUGAGGACAUAAAGUUGUAAAUGAAGGCACAUAGUUCAAUAAGCAUGUAGCAUUUUGUUUCCUGAGAA